AUGCUAUUCCUCGCUCUGUGGUCGGGUUUGCUAGCUUUGACAGCUCAAGGUGUGGCCCAAGACUAUGGCACUUCUCCACCGGUCUACCCCAGCCCUCCCACAGCUGGAAUCGGCUGGGAUGCAGCAUUCGCGCAAGCCGAGGCAUUUGUUUCUAAUCUAACGUUAGAAGAGAAAGCUCAAAUGGUGACUGGAACCACUGGUCCCUGUGUUGGCAACAUUGGCGGUAUUCCCCGCGUCGGCUUCGAAGGGAUAUGCAUGCAAGAUGGACCUCUGGCAAUUCGACAGGCGACCUAUGCAUCGGUCUUCUCAGCAGGUCUGACAGCGGCGGCAUCCUGGGACAGAGGUCUCAUCUUCACACGUGGCCUGUACAUGGCAGCAGAGUUCAAAGGUAAAGGUAGCCAUGUUGCCCUUGGCCCAGUUGUCGGACCUCUGGGUCGCUCCGGCUAUGGCGGACGUGGAUGGGAAGGCUUCUCACCCGACCCAUACCUGACAGGUGUGGCGGCGGAACAGACAAUCUGGGGAAUGCAGCAGGCAGGCGUGCAGACUUCUCUCAAGCAUUAUAUAGGCAACGAACAGGAGACGCAGCGGAACCCGGACCUGUCGAUCAGUAACACCACCAUAGAAGCGGUAUCCUCCAACAUCGAUGACCGUACUAUGCACGAGCUAUAUCUCUGGCCAUUUGCAAAUGGCGUCCGGGCCGGGACUGCUUCAAUCAUGUGCUCCUACAACAGGCUUAACGGCUCUUACGGUUGCCAAAACUCUAAGACUCUCAAUGGCCUGCUCAAGACGGAGCUGGGCUUCCAAGGUUACGUCGUGUCGGAUUGGCAGGCCACCCACGCGGGCGUCGAUGCCAUCAAUGCUGGUCUUGACAUGGAUAUGCCAGGACCCGUCGGUGGUUCCCAGAACGCCUCAUUCUUCGGAGGAAACGUUACACAGGCAGUCAACAACGGGACACUCAAUCAGGACCGAGUUGAUGAUAUGGUGAGGCGGAUCAUGACUCCUUACUUCCACCUAAAGCAGAAUGAAUACCCACCAAUCGACGGGUACGAGCCCACCCUGAACUCAAGAUAUCCACCGUACCAAUAUCCAUUCACCUUGGGCGCCUCGAAUGUCGACGUCCGAGAUAACCACGCUCAGUCGAUCCGGGAACUUGGCGCAGCAGGGACAGUGUUGUUGAAGAACACCAACAAUACACUGCCUCUAAAAGCCCCGAGGACGAUUGGUGUGUUUGGAAACGAUGCUGGCGACGUGGUUGAUGGGUUGUACUUCUCAGGAGCGCCCUUCCAGCAGCCACAGGGCUAUGAGUAUGGUACCCUUCCUGUUGCUGGUGGUAGCGGAACCGGGCGGCUCUCUUACCUCGUCACUCCGCUCGACGCGAUCAAAGCCCGGGCAGCUCGAGACGGCUCUCUCGUUCGAUACAUUCUGAACAACACCUUGACCACGCAGCCAGGUGCACUGCGCACCAUCGCGCCAGUACCGGAAGUCUGCUUCGUCUUUCUCAAGUCCUGGGCAUCAGAGGGCUCAGAUAGAGUGUCACUGGAGGCGAACUGGAACAGCACCGCCGUUGUCAACGCCGUCGCAGCAACUUGCAAGAAUACCAUUGUCAUCACCCACUCGGCGGGCCUGAACGUAAUGCCGUGGGCAAAUAACCCGAACGUGACGGCUAUCCUCGCGGCGCAUCUUCCGGGCCAAGAAUCGGGCAAUUCAAUCGUCGACGUCCUUUAUGGUGUCGUCAACCCGAGCGGCAAACUUCCCUACACCAUCGCUCUCAAUGAAUCCGACUACCGCUUCGCCGACAUUACCAACUCCACCGAGUUGCAGCAGACGGAAGACCCGAACGCGUGGCAAUCCAAUUUCACCGAGGCCCUCCUGAUUGACUACCGCCACUUCGACUACUAUAACCAAUCUGUGCUGUAUGAGUUCGGCUUCGGUCUUUCGUACACCACGUUCGAUAUGUCCACCCUCGACAUUGAGCCCGCGGUGCCUAGCUUGGAGAUCAGCCCGUUGCCGGACGCAGUCCCUAUCGUCCCGGGAGGGAACCCGACGCUCUGGCAGGUCCUCUACACGGUCAAUAUCACGGUCACGAACACGGGCGACGUCGCCGGCGCGAGUGUUCCCCAGGUGUACCUUGCCCUGCCGCAGAUAGCGAAUUCCGUUCCCACGCCGAAGAACGUAUUACGCGGCUUCGACAAGAUCACUCUUCAGCCGGGCCAGUCGCAGACGGUCAACUUCCCAUUGACGAGAAGGGACCUGAGCUACUGGGAUGUCAACAUGCAGGAGUGGGUGAUUGCCAGCGGGACCGUCGGAGUCAACGUGGGCUUCAGUUCUAGAGACAUUAGGCUGACGGACCAGUUUGUGGUUGUUCAGGAAGGUUGA